CUCCCGCCACAUCCGUGGUCGCCAUCGCCGACCCCCUCGAUCCCCCUCCAGCUGUCAAUCUGGCGGCUCUUCAGCCCAAGCCCUACGGCGAAGCAUCUGCUGUGGCCGCAAUGGCCCAGCCUAAUGCAGAGCCCGCCGAGGAAUACGACUAUGAAUCUCUACCGCCCAACUUUUCCCUCGUGCAGAACAUGGCUGCCGGGGCGUUUGCGGGCAUAGCGGAGCAUACUGUCAUGUAUCCGAUUGACGCUAUCAAGACCCGCAUGCAGGUCCUGAACCCCAAUCCCUCGGCCGUCUAUAAUGGUGUGAUUCAAGGUACAUACCGCAUAGCUAGUCGCGAGGGCGUCCUCAGCUUGUGGAGAGGCAUGUCCAGUGUCGUUGCCGGUGCCGGUCCCGCUCAUGCUGUAUAUUUCGCCACAUAUGAGGCCGUCAAGCAUGUUAUGGGUGGCAACCAAGCCGGUGUUCACCAUCCUCUGGCUGCUGCGACCAGUGGUGCUUGCGCUACGAUUGCCAGCGAUGCGCUGAUGAAUCCUUUCGAUGUCAUCAAGCAGCGCAUGCAGAUCCAGGGGUCGGCUAAGAUGUACCGUUCCAUGACCGAUUGCGCCAAGUAUGUCUACAAGACCGAGGGACUGGCGGCUUUCUACGUUUCUUACCCAACUACGCUGUCCAUGACGGUGCCCUUCACUGCCCUCCAAUUCUUGGCGUACGAAUCCAUAUCGACGGCCAUGAACCCUGACAAGGGAUACGAUCCCACAACACAUUGCUUGGCUGGUGGUGUCGCCGGUGGUUUCGCUGCCGCUUUGACUACGCCCAUGGAUGUCAUCAAGACCAUGCUUCAGACCCGAGGAACUGCCACCGAUCCGGCAUUGAGAAAUGUGAACGGAUUCAUGGCUGGAUGCCGGUUACUAUACGAGCGUGAGGGCUUCCGCGGUUUCUUCAAGGGUGUGCGCCCCCGCGUGGUUACCACCAUGCCUAGCACAGCCAUUUGCUGGUCUGCCUACGAGGCGUGCAAGGCCUACUUCAUCAAAAAGAACGACAACCCGAACCCUUGAGACGGUACGCCGCUGUGCAUAUAGAAGAAACUGUCAU